GAAGAUUCGCGGUUGAGCAAUGCUGGGCAGUGGCUUUCGAGAGCCACUGAGCCACUGCCGCGAGAGAGAUGCGCGUGACCCCGCUGGGCGCUGGCCAGCAUGUGGGCCGAAGUUGCGUGCUCCUGGAGAUAGCAGGCCGUCAAGUGCUUCUGGACUGUGGGGUGGCCGUUGCCGUGCCAGAAGAGAGACGUUACCCCGAGCUUGCUGCGGUGGAUGUGAGCAAGCUUGACCUGGUGAUCCUCUCGCAUUUCCACCUGGACCAUGCCGGCGCGCUGCCAUACUUGACAGAGGUUCUGGGCUACAAUGGGCCCUUGCUCAUGACGCACCCCACCCGCGCCAUCGCGCCCAUCAUUUUGCGAGAGUACCUUCAGCUGAGGUACCGCAAACGGGAGGAGGCGCGCUAUGACCUGGAGAUGAUCGAUGCCUGCUUCGAGCGUGCACGGUGCAUCCAGCUCGAGGAGCGCGUGGAGGUGGGCGAGAUCUCGGUGACGGCCUAUUAUGCAGGGCACGUGUUGGGGGCAGUGAUGGUGCUGGUGGAGGCUGGUGGGCUUAGUGCGCUCUACACGGGAGACUUCACCACUGUGCCAGAUCACCACCUGAGUGCUGCCAGACUUCCCCUGGGCCUACGCCCGGAUGUUAUGAUCACGGAGACUACGUGCUGCACAACCGUCCGCAGCUCAAAGCGCUUGAAGGAGUACGAGCUAUGCUGCAAGGUGCAGGACUGCUUGGAAAAGGGCGGAAAGGUGCUGGUGCCGGUCUUGAUGAUGGGCCGCAGCCAGGAGAUGUGCAUGAUCUUCGAGGAACACUGGGCACGCGCCCAGCUGGCGUAUCCGAUUUUCGUGAUCAAGGGUACGGCGCAAAAGGCUCAGGUCUUCUUCCGGCUCUUCGCCGCCUGGGGCAGCCAGCAGGUGCGGGGGUCCACGAAACCUUUCGACUUCCCGCACGUGCGCUUUGUGGAUACCGAGGAGGUGCUCGCAGGGACCACACCUGCUGUCGUACUUGCUGGGCCCGCCAUGCUGGACGGAGGAUCAUCUCUGGAGCUUUUCAAGGCGCUGGCGCCUGACAGCAAGAACCUCGUCGUGAUACCUGGCUACUGCCUGCCCGGCACCGUGGGCAAUUUGGUGCAGGCCAAGACCCGUAAAAUCCAGCUGGACGACAAGGAGAUUCAUGUUCGGUGCGAGGUGGAGACGGUGGUGCACUCCGACCACGCGGACUCUCGGGGCAUUUCAGAGCUCAUCUCACAGGCGGCGCCCAAGCAGGUGGUCCUGGUGCACGGCGGGGAGUCGUUGAUGAAGACCUUCCUGCCCAUCGUGAAGAAGCGCCUGCGGGUGCCCUGCCACAGCCCCGCCGUGGGGGAGGCCGUGGAGCUGCCGACGGAGGAAUCCAUCAAGGUGCUUGCCAGCAGCGCGUUGGCCAUGUCUGCAGAGGUGGUCCCACCCCCUCCAGUCCUGGACUCCGUCCUCGCCUCGGGCCCGGUCGCGGCCACCUUCACGGGUCUGCUGAAGCGGCAAAGGGACACCUUUGAGCUUCACGCUCGCUCUGCAGAAGGCCUCGAGCGCUGUGGCAUGAAGAUGCAGCGUGUGCGCUUUCGUCAUCGCUGUGUGCUGCCGGCUGAGAAAUUCCGGAAAGCUGUUAGCGGACUUGCCAAACUGGGAGGUGCUUUGGGCAGUCGGCGUGGGAUCUCCGACGAGUGGAGCGGGUCCGGCGAAGCCUUUGAGUUGGAUUUGGGCAGCCUCUGCUGCCAAGUGCAGCCGCAGGGAGGGAACGUGGGCCUCACGGUCCUGUGGGACUCCGCCGCCGAGCAGGAGGCGGAGCUUGUGGAGCUGCUGAAAAUGCUGGGAGUGGAGACCUAGGCACAUGGGAGGUGUCACAUUGGACUUGAAGAGCUGACACGAACAAGG